GCUCCAAGGCCAAACAGAGCACACGACCCAAGAUUGCAAACCGUUGUGGCAGAGACCACGAUGUGCGGGCGAGCGAUGAGGCCCAGCGACUACGCCGUCCGGACAGGUAAAAAGAACAAGUGCGGCGCGCUAACGGAUGACGGCCGCGAGCAAUGGGAAGCCGCCUUCCGAGAGUUCGGCGACAGCGACAGCGACAGCGACAGCGACGACGACAUUGCGCCGGUGUUCGCGCUGGCCACCCGGACCAGGGUUAAGCCGGACCGUGCGCCGGCGACGGUGAAGGGGCCCCUGCUCCGGCGGACGGCGAGGAGGCGGAGUGGCCCGUACCAUGGCAUCCGGCAGCGUCCGUGGGGGAGAUGGGCAUCGGAGAUCCGCGACCCCGUCAGGGGCGUCCGGCUCUGGCUCGGCACCUUCGACACCGCCGAGGACGCCGCGCGCGCCUACGACGACGCGGCGCGGCGCAUCCACGGCGCCAGAGCCAAGACCAACUUCCCUCGAGAGGCCGCCCCAGGCGAGACGUCGACGGAGACGGAGGCCUCCGGCGAGGCGUCCGACGCGCGCGCACUGCUGGAGCUGGAGUGCUGCUCGGACGACGUGCUGGACAGCCUCCUCGCAGGCUUCGACUCCUGCCACCCGCGCCGCGCGGCCGGCAGCGAGGACAUCUGGAGCGUCCACGUGCGGAGCUAACGAAAGAAUAGACCACGUCGAGGUGAGCUCCACCACAUCUACUACCACACCUGAUUUGCACAACCUUUGUGCUUUACUUCUUUUUUUUUAAUGGCACGAACAUUUCAAUGUUUUUAUUAUUUACGAUCUAGGAGAUAAACCGUUGCAUCUCCGGCCUAUGCUAAAAAUAAAAAUAUAUUUUUUACAUUAGUAAAGGAAUUCUUUUAAUAAAAAAUAACCUAAUUAAAAGAUAAUAGCUAGAGAAUCAGAAUUUUUAUUUUUAUCAUUAAAAAACACAAUUAAAUAUCUUUUCUACUAUUGUCGUUUCGUCCAUUCUGUAUUGUUCCUGUUUCAAGUGGCUUCGAAUCCCCAUCCACUAUAAAAUGAACCGAAUAUAUUUUUGAACUGACUUUGGGGUAUUAAUAAAAAUUGAAAGCCAACAUAUCAGCAGCAAUAGCCACUUUUUGUUGAUCCAUAUGAAAUUGCAGAAAUAAUAUUAUCUUUAACAUGAAGAAAUUCAUUUCUCCAUUACAAGUUAUUUAUAUAUGUACACACUGGCUUUGCUCGUGGUAUGUGUUGCACCGCUAGAAGCAUCACGUGCUGGUUACUAUGGUGAUGGUAUGUUUAGAGCGAGUGUUCGCGGAGCUUUUUAGUUAGUUUGGAUGAGAAUUUAGGAUACAUAUUAAAGCCAAUCACAAUAAUCAUGCUCCAGAGUUUUUGUUCUGACUUGUUAGAUUUUCAAAUGGUAUUUGGCACUUUGUUUUGUCUUAUUUUGGUUGUGUUUAUCUUAGUUAUGUAGAGAUUAGAAAAAAACUCCUGUACAGGUGUAUCAUCUCGAUGUAACCUUGAGAGUUAAUAAUUUUUUUUUUAUAAAAA